GAAAAACCAGAGUUGCCACGUAAUUACUGAACAAAAAACAUCAUUUUUUCCUCGCAUUGUGCAGCAGUCGAAUAUAUUUAAUUUAAUUUUCUGCAUUUAAAAUAAGGACAGCUAGACAGUGAAAAAUUUCGAAUGGAGCAGAAAGUGCAAUAAAUGUCGGACCACAAAAUGAAUGCCAACUAUAUCGCACGAGCCCUGUGCUAUCAUGGGCAGCCAUUGCAAAAGAUCUGGGACGAUGAACGCGGCGUCGAAGACUUGCGGCGUUUAAAUCUAACACAACCCAAUUAUAGUGUUUAUCAGGAGCGCCAGAAAUACUUCACGUUUCAGGAGCGUGCCAAGCGUUUGAAGAUCCAUCAGUUUCUUGCACGCAAAGCGCCCGAUUUGUAUGACAAACAACUUGUGGGCAAUGUGAUGGAGGAAUCAUGGCUGGCCCAAAUGAGCAAUUGUUUUGUGCCCCAACCGCCCAUCGAGUAUUUCAUGAAUGUUAAGGAUAAGCGCAAGGCGUGGGCACAUCGCAUGGGUGCACUUAAACAGGGUGACAUCAUUUGUGCGACAGUGCAAAAGAUCAUGUCUAAUGCAAAUCGCAUUGUGGUGAAACCUCUGUGCACUGCGGAGCCGCUGCACUUUUAUCUAGCUGAUAUACCGAUUAAGGCCAUAAUCUUUCAAGACCAAUGGGGUCCAUUGCCGCUGGACAAACAGGGAAAUCCACGUCCUUUUGCCGUCAAUGAUUUUAUACGCUGCGAAGUCUGCAAUGUCUCGGCGGAUGUGGAACGUUUAACGCUGGGCAUGUUGGGUUUAUACCAAAAGUCACCCGAUGUCAAACUUGGACUAUGCGAUCUAAACGAUUUCCCUAAAUACUAUGUACAAUUGCACAAUGUGGAACAAUCAAGUGCUUUGCACUAUGAAGAUCAGCUAAAUGCUGCUCUGGAAUUUGAGAAUCCCAAUUAUGAUGUGCUCUUUCAACUUAAUGGACUGCAGCCUCAAGAGAAUUUAACGCUGAUGCAAAAUAUCAAAGUCGGCUUUCCAGAGUCUGACUAUGCGCCCGAGUUGCGACAGAAACAAGCCUCACAAUGGGCAUUUCGCUCCGUGGCUGAUGGCAUUGAGCACUUUAAGAAUGGCCAACAGGUCGAGGCUUUUCAGUGCCUGAACAAGGCCCUAAACAUUGAUCCGCGCAAUGUCGAGGGCUUGGUGGCGCGCGGUGCGCUUUACGCGAAUCGCGGCAGUUUCUUAAAGGGUCUCAAAGACUUUGAAAAGGCGCUAUUGUUGAAUAAAUACCAUGUGAAUGCGCGUAAAUAUAUGGGCGAAACGUUGGUCGCACUCGGACGCAGCUAUGAGGAAGAGAAUCGCCUGCCCGAUGCCAUUAAAGCCUACAGCGAUUGCUUGAAUCUAUUGCCACAGCAUGAGCAGGCACGUAUAUCCCUCGAUGCACUGCAGCAGCGACCAACAGUAGCUGCUGCCGUCGCCUCAAGCGCUGCCUCCUCCAGCUUGUUAACAUCCCUACAAGCGGGCAAUUCAUCGGAGAUGCUUCAUUUACCAUCAAGUAGUGCCAGCGCUACGGUGACAAUUGCCGCCUCCUCGGAUGAUUCAAGCUCUUCGAGUGGCAGUGAGGACAGCGAGGAUCAAUCCGGCAAAUCGCGCAAUCAAUCAUCCUACUUGCCCAUCGAACAGGAUAAACGCGCUGUCAGCGAUGCUCAGGCGGUUAAUGAAUUUAAAUUGGAUGAUGACGAGACCAUGAGCAGUGUGCGCAAACUGUUGCGCGAUGCCAGCAAGCACAAAAAGUCAAAAAAGAAGGGAAAAAAGAAGAAGGACAAGGACAAAGGUCAGAAAAAGAACAGCAAAAAAUCAAAAAGCAAAUCAUCGGACGAAAGUGGAUCGCUGACGGCAACCGAAGCGGCGCUGGAAAUGCUCAAAAAGAUUGAUUACGCCGAGGCAUUCAGACUCGUCAGCACAAGCACCAGCGAUGAUCAACUUAAAUCACAACUCAAACACUAUUUUAAGCGGAAACAACGCUCGGAAACUCCGCCACCACCACCGCCUUCUGCAACAAUAACCACAAACCGCAAACAGCCAUCGUCGAUAUCUGCUUAUGAUGUCAUGAUGGGGCCAAGCACCUCGAAGCAUGCUGCAGCGGCAGCUGCUGCAGCCAACACAGAUGAUGAGCAACCACCGCCUGCGCCCAAAUUCCAUGAUGUCAAACCCAAUAUUCAACAACAGCAGCAACAGAAACUUUCCUUUCAAAUCAAGAAGCGCCCGCUGCAAAUGGACAAAUUUGGUCUGCUGCGCUUGGCCACGCCCCUGAGCUCCCAUUCUCAGAGUCGCAGCCGCAGUCGAAGUAGGAGUCGCAGUCGUUCGCCACGACGUCGCAACAGUCGCAGUCGUUCACGCGGCAGACGUAUUUCAAAACGACGCGGCAGCCCGCGCUCACACAGCCGAAGCCGCAGCAGCCGCAGUCGUAGUCGCAGUCAUUCACGUCUCUCAAGAUCAAGACGACGACGUUCGCCACGCUCACGUUCGCGCAGUCGUAGUCGCAGCUAUUCCCCACAACGUUAUGGCGGUGGAUCGCGCUACAGGGGACGCGGUGGUGGUGCUUGGUUUAAGCCACGCUUUGAGACACGCGACAGACGCUCUCGCUCGCGUUCCUUUGUCCGCGGAGGACGGCGAACGCCUUCACCAUUUGGCUCCAGACGCAGUCCAUCGCCAUUUGCGUCACGUCGCACGCCAUCACCGUUUGUGCCGCGUCGCACACCAUCUCCAUCGGAACGUUAUCGACGCACACGCUCGCGCAGCAUCAGUCCUCGACGUUAUGGAGGACCACCGCGUUACCAGCCACGUGGUCGUGGACGUGGAUAUCCUCGUGGACGUUUCCAGCAUCGCUGGAACAAUUUUGUGGACAACAGUAGGAACAAUGGCAGACGCUAUACGCCCGAGGAGGAAUUGCGGCCACCGGGCGAAGAGGAACCUCUCGUCGAGGAUAUGGAGGCGAUGAUCAAGGAACAAGCACAAAAGGAACGCAAACAGGGUAUUAUCGAAGGCGAUAAGGAUAAGGAUAUAGUAAGAAAUAAACGAGAAGCCACAAAUAACACAUCUAGUGAUACUGCCUAGAAAUGUAGAAAUCCCAAAAACAAAAUCUGUGGAUAUAUCCAGUGUUAAGUUUUUCUCUCCUACUUAUGUACGUAGAAUAUGUAUACUUGAAAAUUCAUUCGAAAUGUAAUAAGUAUCUACCAUCUGCCCCCCAAGCACACCCUUCUCUGAACUAUAUAUAUAAAGCUGCAACACAAACCUGAACACCAAAAUAAAGAAUGCUUUCGAAGCAAUUUGCAUGGUUUGCAUGCAU